UCCCUCCACUGCCAUUCUGCUCCUCUGUCUGCUGGGCAUCCUUAUGCCAGUCCACUGUCAGGAUGACGAUAAUCUGGAUGACGAGAUGAACAAAACCAUAUCUGAUCUAAUUGAGGAGGCCAACAAGAACAUAGGGCAAGAGCCUGGUGACCCUGAGAUUGUAGAUGGUGACGUUGCCGUCCCUACUGGGCUCCAGAAUGCGGACCCCUGCACUGCCAGGAGAUGCAAGUGGCCUUCUUCCUCAAACGGCCUGGUCUACAUCCCAUAUGUCCUCUCCAAUCAAUUUUCUGCCCGUGACAAAAAAGUUAUUGAGGCAGGCCUGCAAUCCUUCACCCAUUCCACCUGCAUCCGCUUCAAGAAACGCAGUUGGCAGAGAGACUAUUUGAACAUCAAAUCAAGCCAUGGAUGCUGGUCCUAUAUUGGUCGUCGAGGUGGAAAGCAGAGCAUCUCCUUGGGCAAAGGGUGUGUCUACCGUGGAACAAUUCAGCAUGAACUUCUGCAUGCUCUGGGCUUUCAUCAUGAGCACAAGCGCAGCGACCGUGACGCUCAUGUCAGGAUCCUCUGGGGAAAUAUCAAAGGGGGGAAGAAGCACAACUUCCGUAAAGUUGCCACCAACAACCUGGGAACCCCUUAUGAUUAUGGCUCAAUCAUGCAUUACUCAAAGUAUGCAUUCAGCCGUAAUGGGAAAGCCACUAUAGUUGCAGUUCCAAACCCCAACGUGGUAUUUGGGAGGGCCAAAAAAAUGAGUUGCCAAGACAUCCGCCGAGUCAACCUCCUCUACGGAUGCAAAUGAGUUUGAAUGCGGCUCAACACAACUGCUUUGUGUCAAGCCUCUCCUGAAAUAUGCUUUUUUUUUCAUAAACGAGUUGAUUUUCUCUUUGAGUUGUG